AUGGACAGCGAAAGCGAAGUGGAUAUUUCUAGCAACAGCUUAACCCCCUUGUGGCGGAGGAGGUCGACCCCGCAACCCCAGCUUCUGGCCCGGAGCAAGCCGAGGCCUCAGUCGUACCAGAGCCCCAGCGGGCUACUGAUCACGGAUUUUCCCGUGGAGGACAUAGGGACGCUUCCCGCGCCGCAGUCUCCCGCCCAGGUGCCCACCUCGUCGGACGGCAGGACGGUCCAAAGGAGUCCACAGUUUCUGUGCGCCAAUGGGAGGACGGUCUCUCCGGAAUACAGAACUGUCUCUCCCCGACUCCGACGGCCCAAGACACCCCAGGCCCCCAAAGCGGCGCGGGGCAGUUCCCCGAAACUCCCAGCGAACGGUACUGUGACCUUCUCUGCUCCGCAGCCGCCUCUGCUGUGCCCUCCGCGGACUCCUAAUGCGUCUGCGCCCUGCAGCCCCGAGGAGGACCCUACCGGGUUGACCGCCAGCCCUGCGUCCUCGCCCCCUGCAAAUGGAUUUGCGCCUAAUAACGACUCCCCUGGCCCCGGUUCGCCAUCCAAGGAGUCUGAACGCGGACUCUCGAGACUCUCUCCUGCGCUCCAGAAAAGGGCUUCGGAACAAAAACUCCCCCUUCAAAGGCUGACCUCACAGGAGAACGAGCUCCCGGAGAAUUCUCAAAUGGUUUUGAGUACGAAUAGCCCCGCUGCCCUCAAAGUGGGGAAGCAGCAGAUCAUUCCGAAGAGCCUGGCCUCUGAAAUUAAAAUAAGUAAAUCUAACAGUCAGAAUGUGGAGCCUCACAAGAGAAUCUUCAAGGUACGCAGCUUGGUGGAAGGCCUUGCAGCGCCUUUGGGCCAUGCUGGGGAUGAAGGCGAGUCCGAGAACGACCUGGACAGCCCGGGUUCUCUGCGGAGAGGCUUGCGGUCCACGUCCUAUCGCAGGGCAGUGGUCAGUGGCUUUGAUUUUGACAGCCCUACCAGCUCGAAGAAGAAGAACAGAAUGUCCCAGCCAAUUCUGAAAGCAGUAAUGGAAGACAAGGAGAAGUUUUCCAGUCUGGGAAGGAUAAAGAAAAAAAUGCUGAAAGGACAAGGAACGUUUGAUGGGGAAGAAAAUGCAGUCCUGUAUCAGAACUACAAAGAAAAAGCUCUUGACAUUGACUCUGAUGAAGAGUCAGAGCCCAGAGAACAGAAGUUAGAUGAAAAAAUUGUGGUUCACCAUAAGCCACUAAGGUCCACAUGGAGCCAGCUCUCUGCGGUGAAAAGAAAUGGAUUAUCUCAGACCAUUACUCAAGAGGAAAGAAAACGGCAGGAGGCUAUCUUUGAAGUCAUAUCCUCUGAACAUUCAUAUUUACUCAGCUUAGAGAUCUUGAUAUGCAUGUUUAAAAAUUCUAAAGAACUGAGUGACACGAUGACCAAAACAGAGAAUCACCAUCUUUUCUCCAAUAUUAACGAUGUCUGUGAGGCAAGCAAAAAAUUCUUGACCGAGUUGGAAGCAAGACAUCAAAAUAAUAUCUUCAUAGAUGACAUAAGUGACAUUGUGGAAAAGCACACAGCAUCCACAUUUGAUCCUUAUGUGAAAUACUGCACAAAUGAAGUCUACCAACAACGAACACUACAAAAACUAGCCACCAAUCCAUCUUUUAAGGAAGUGUUAUCACGAAUUGAGUCCCACGAAGACUGUCGGAACUUACCCAUGAUCUCCUUUCUCAUUCUCCCCAUGCAGAGGGUGACUCGCCUUCCCUUGCUGAUGGACACCAUCUGUCAAAAAACACCUAAGGAUUCUCCAAAGUACGAAAUCUGCAAAAGGGCCUUAAAGGAAGUAAGCAAGUUGGUCCGGCUGUGCAAUGAAGGAGCCCGGAAGAUGGAAAGGACUGAGAUGAUGUACACAAUUAACUCCCAGCUGGAAUUUAAAAUUAAGCCCUUUCCUUUAGUCUCCUCUUCACGGUGGUUGGUAAAAAGAGGUGAAUUGACGGCCUAUGUUGAAGACACUGUGCUUUUCUCGAAAAGAACAUCCAAACAGCAAGUCUACUUCUUUCUCUUUAACGAUGUUCUCAUUAUCACCAAGAAGAAGAGUGAAGAAAGUUACAACGUGAAUGAUUAUUCUUUAAGGGAUCAGCUAUUGGUGGAAUCUUGUGACAGCGAAGAGUUUAAUUCUUCUCCAGGAAAGAACAGUUCUACGAUGCUUUAUUCAAGACAGAGCUCUGCCAGUCACCUCUUUACUUUGACCGUCCUUAGUAACCAUGCGAAUGAGAAAGUAGAAAUGCUGCUAGGGGCUGAGACGCAGAGUGAGCGAGCCCGUUGGAUAACAGCCCUGGGACAAAGCAGCGGGAAGCAGCCUCCGGACCGAACCUCACUGACCCAGGUGGAAAUCAUUAGAUCGUUUACAGCCAAGCAGCCAGAUGAACUCUCCCUGCAGGUGGCGGAGGUGGUCCUCAUUUAUCAGCAUGUCAGUGAUGGCUGGUAUGAGGGGGAACGACUGCGAGAUGGAGAAAGGGGCUGGUUUCCUAUGGAAUGUGCCAAGGAGAUAACAUGUCAAGCUACAAUUGAUAAGAAUGUGGAGAGGAUGGGACGUUUGCUAGGACUGGAGACCAACGUGUAACCUCUCACAUGACCUUUUGUUAUUGCGAGAUUUGCACUACAUAAUGGUGGGCUGUUUGGUUCUGGGCUGGUUUUAUUAAUAAUUUUAAGACAGCCUAGUUAAUUAAAAGAAUGAAACCACUUGCCUGUAAGCUUGCCAGGUUGUUGUGCUCUCUCAGGAGAGCAGCUGUUGGAUUCAGCUAGCUCACAUAAGCUUAGUUUUUACGUCACCAUCCACUUGCAUACCUCUUCAGGUACACGGAAUAGCUGAGCAGUUCACUUCAGGGAUCAGGCAGUCUCAGCUCCUUCUAGUUUCACUACAUGUUCUGGCACAAAAUAGUGUAUAUAAAUGUAUAUAAAAUGCUGUAUCCUGGCUUUCUCUGUCCUCACUUAACUAAGAAUGUUACUGUCCCUCCUUAAACAUCUUCAUAUUGUUCUCCCAGUAUUAGUGAGAUUUCAUGUCCUUAAGGGAUGUCCAGUUUGUAAAUAUUUUUUCCAGCUUCUUAUUUUUUAGAUCUGAUUUUAAUGCUAUAUUAAUAUCAAAAAGGAACUAGUAGAAUUCAGAAGAUGAGCUCUUCUGUUUUUCUAAACCCUUCCCAGGAAGGGGAAAUUGACACUUGAACUUUUGCCACUUUUAUCCUCAUUAGAAAGGAAAGUAAGGAGCCUUACUUUGCUUUUUUUUUUUUUUUUAAUCCAUCUCACCCAAUAUUGAUGUUAGACAAAUGAAGCCUAAUAAAACCUAAGCUACUUUAAAAGUAUAGAAUUUUGAAGAGUUCACAUUUGUGAGAGAAUCUUGAAUGUAGGAGUCCUCCUUUUUUUAAAAUUCCCAAAUAAGGUGAUAAGCUGACGUGGAUGUUGCUUUGCGUUCAAUAGCGUGAGGUUUUUGACUGUUCUACUCCCAUUUCCAAAUAGGUAACUGGCAGGAACACUUUAACAAUCUUGAGGAAUCGACCAUUAGGCCUUAAAAGGUGUCAAGAAGCCAGUGGGGUAGCAAAUUGAAACAUAAAAUUUUGACCUUAAAGGGAACCUGUUCUAUUUGCACUAAAAGUUUUGCUGAA